AUGAUGUUUGGUCGAUGCAACCGACGGCUGCUCCUGCAAGCCCACCGACACCCCGCGUGCCGGCUGCACUUUCCUGCGCCCCUCCCACAUCCCCGACGUUUCACGAGCGCGCACGCAUCGUCGGCACUUGUGACAGGCCUCGCGCUCCUGGCGUGUGUGGCAUCAACAGCGCCUCUAGUUAUCGAAUGCGAAGCCAGCCACACGAAGCCGCCGCUGCCCCGACACCUCGUCGUGCACCUGGCGGCCAUGAUCAAUGGCAUCAUCGAUUUGCCGCAAAUGGACGAACACGAAGAGCAAGAGAUCUUUGAAGAUGCCGUCGACAAGAUCAUUGCCGCGCUGCAGGACUUUCUACCCGCGUCGUACUGGACCCGCAUUCUCACCGACAAGUCGAUCCCCGCCAUCGAACGCGACAUGCUUCGGCUGCGCCUUGUCACCUACCUUCAAGACGCUUUGCACUUGGCGUACUUGAGCGUCGAAGACCAGCACCUCGUCGUACACGCCGUCGUUGCGAUCGUUGCCGACGCCAUGGGGCCAACGACGCUGGCGACGAUCGUAGCACAACCGACGCCGCCGUUGCACUUGGUGGGCAUCUUUAUCCGUGGCGCCAUGGGCAUUGAGAACGUCGCGCACAUUCGCGACGCGUUCCACCACGUCCUCGACUACUCGCUGCCGAUUGCGAUUCCCAAGCCGAUCGAACAUUACAUUGUCGACGUGCCCACGGACGCUCUUGUCGGCGUGUUGAACCAUGCGAUCGAAGCGGCGUUGGUCGACUGUUUUGGCGCCUCACCACGCUACGUAAUCGCGCGCGCCUCUGACUUUCACGAGGUGCUGCGUGCCAAGAUAGUGACGCUUCUAGAGGUGAAAACACAGCUGCACUUGUGCCCCUUGGUGCUGCGCCGACGCGUCAUUCAUGCCCUUGUCGACACGUAUUUUAAGCUCUGCGUCAAACCCGCCAAGAUCGACGCCGCGAUUGCCCCGUUCCUCGCAAAGACAAGCGGCGAGCACCCGAUACGGUCGAACACGACCCUGGCGUCCGAGCCGUCGCUGCUGCCUCUGGACGUACGGCAGCAACUCUCUGCGAUGGACGUGGUAACGACACCAUCGCGCAUCAAAGCCCGCGCAGGAACCAGCAUCCACGACAUGUUGUUGCUGGAGAAAUGAACAUUGUUGAAUA